AUGCCAUCGAAAAGAUCAAAUCAGAUUGAAAUAAAAUCUGAACUUUAUGAUCCUCAAGUUUCAGCACCCACCAACUAUUUAAAUUCAUCAAAUGAAGAUUCAAAUAUAGUUUAUGCACAACAGCAACAUCAACAUCAUCAACCUCAACAGCAUGCUUCAUUACCACAGCCAAGUACAAAUCAAGCGCAGCAUUUAAGAAUGAGUCAGCAACAACAACAUCAACAUCUGCAACAUCCAUAUUAUUCUGCUGAAUUACAACAUCGAGCAGAGUUACAAAGAAGACAACAACAAUUACAACAGCAAGAAUUGCAACAACAUCAACAAUUACAGCAGUUACACCAACAGGAAUUACAGCAGCAACAGCAACAGCAACAACAACAUCACCAUUCAAGCUAUCAUGCCCAAUCGCACGCCCAAGCUCAAGCUCAAGCUCAAGCCAGAGCUCAAGUUCAAGCUCAAGUACAAGCUCAGGCACAAGCUCAGGCACAAGCUCAAGCUCAAGCUCAACUUCAACAAAUGCAACAGCAACAACAACACCAACACCAAGGACAUCAGGUUCACCAGGGACAACAACAUGCGCAACAACACCAACAACAUCAAACUGAUCAACCACAGUCACCUGGUGGUUUCUCUGAUUCAGAAAUUAUAGCAGGUGAAGAUUUAAGAUCAAGAUAUGUUGAAAAUGAAAUUAUAAAAACAUUUAAUAAUAAACCUGAUUUAAUUAAAUAUGUUAAAAACAUAUUAGGACCAGAAGAACAUUGUAAAAUAGUUAUAAAUAGUUCUAAACCGAAGGCUAUAUAUUUUCAAUGUGAAAGAUCAGGAGCUUUUAGAACAACAGUUAAAGAUCCAGAAAAGAGACAAAGAAUUGCAUAUACUAAAAGAAAUAAAUGUAAUUUUAGAUUAGUUGCAAAUUUAUAUCCUACUGAAAAGGAAAUCAAGAAAAAAUCAAAAGAAGAAAAUGAAAAUGAUGAAAAUUCUACAGGUGUUUCAUUUGAUUCUAAUGGGAAUGUAAUUCCAAAUGAUGAAGAAAUAUUGAAUCCGGAAAUGUGGAUAUUAAGAAUGAUUAAUCCUCAUCAUAAUCAUCCAGCUGAUCCAUCAAGUAAAAAGAAAAAACAAAAACAAUCAAGAAAAUUAGUUCAAAAACCUUUAAAUAAACCUCCUCCAAAACCAAAAUCUCAACGUUUACAACAUCAUCAACAUAAUAUGAGUCAAUUUCAUAAUGCAGAUGCUGCUUUAUCAAAUAUUCCUUCAACUCCAAAUUAUCAAGAUUUAAUUGGUCAAUUGAAUCAUAAUUUACAACAACAAAAUCCAAUUCAAUUACAACAAAAUCAACAUCAUCAAUCAAAUGAUAAUUCUUUAUAUGCUACAUUAGAUUCAAAUGGUAAUCCAACUUCAACAACUUCUGGAAGUAGUACACAACAAAAUAGUCAACAACAAAAUUUAGCUGCUGCUACCGCUGCUGCUGCUGCUGCUGCAUUAAAUACUCAAACUAAUCAAUCCGGUAUUUCUGUAGAUCAACAUAUUGAUAUUGAUCCAAAUGUUCAAGCUCACGAUCAUACUCAAUUACCAAGAAAUUAUAUAUAA